AUGACAAGAAAAGAUGAGCAACAUCUGACAAGGCUAGCAGUGAGUGUGAUGAAGGCUGAAUUUGCAGAGACUGUUCAGUGCAGGAUGUGUUACCUCCAGUUUCCAGGAGAAGAGUGCUCCAGAGGAAGAGGAAUAUGUAAUGCAGACACAAACGAAGCCUGUGUAGUAGGGAAGAUGUACAAAAAGAUUGGUCUGACCUAUGAUCUCUGGCUAACCUUCAAGGGCUGCCAAAAGAAUUGUGCUGAUGCUGACAACAUAAAGUGGAAUAUCUAUACUGUGGAAUUCAGCUGCUGCAGGGACUCUCACCUGUGCAAUGAAAAUCUCUAG